CAGGGGCAGGGUCUUUAACAUAUUUUACAGUGGAAAAGUUCUUGUCUGAAGUUCGCUGAGACAUUUUCUUUCGCAUCUUCUGCUUGACAGGGAAAAUAUGAGAUUUUACCACAUAAUAACAUUGACAUUGGCGAUAAUAUGCCUUUUUGGGGACAGUGGGCUUGGAGCCCCCUCCAAAGGCAGGUAUAAGUGGGUGAAAUGCAGGCCUGGAAGUAAGAACGCAAACUGUGAAACACAGAUGGGCCCCUUGGUGCCACUGGCAGGGCUCAAAACUCGACUUCCUCCUUCUGCUGUAAAAUACAUAGACCCAAUUUACACAGAGGAAGCCACUCCUAAGAUGGAGGAGCAGUCAGGAGAGGGUUCGGGUAACUCAGACACCUUUGAAGGUUUUCUCAAUGGUGAUCAGCAAUUGAUGAGAGAUGGUCCAGAACAGGAGGAUAACAAGAAUGAGGAGGAGGGCUCGACUGUUGUAGAAGAGGCCAGUGGAGACAUUGAUUACUCUAACUAUGUCUUCCCUGAGAAAAUAGGUUUGCUUUCUCCAAAGGAUCUGAAAGAUGAAAGUAUGAUUCCAUAAAGAGUUGCUUUCAUCCCAUGUUAUUUUCAUGUGAAAUAUGCAGGAUAUUGCUGUUUUGGUUUCAAAUAUAAUUAGAAAAUGUAUAUUCGUAAUUGUUGUAUUUUCUGCAAACGUUGACAUUAUUCCACUGUGUACUGAAAGGUAAUGUAAUGUAAUUAUAUUACGUUAAUGUAAACGUAAUAUAUAUCAUUUGAACUCCAAACUUUUAUAUUAUUAUUUGUUAUAUAUAGUUUUUGGUAAUGGAAAUAAUGCUAUUAGAAGCAAUACAAAUGCGUUUGGAUAUUUAGAAGUGAAUUUUGUAAAACUCAAAUAUAGUUCUACUUUUUGCCAACAUUGUAUUGUUUUUAUAAUGUUUUGGCCAUUAUAAAAAAUUACUUUUUAACUGUAGACAGUAUUUAUCUCUCAUUGUCAAUUUCUCACACCAGCAAAAGUAGGAAUUAACUGUGCAGUACACAACAAACGCCUUAUGUUCUGCAGAUAAGAUGAGGUCAGCCAUUCAAGCUUCCUGUGUUACCAGAAGAGUGUUCUUACACUCAGGAUGACUAUAUCUCGUGUGUUUCCUGACUCCUACAUCAUGACCAUGUGCAUUAAGCAUGUGUGGCAUGAAACUCUGUAAUUUUUUAUUUAUUUUCUAGGCUAGUCCGAAGGCAUUCAGCUUAUUGAAUAGGCACAAUAGGUUAGCAAUUCACAUAGCUGCAAAUGUCUACAUGUUUACAUCAUUUACUCUUAAAUCAUUUACACGUUAUCAUUAAACUUAAUUUGUGACUUUGCGUCAUUAUCAAUUACAUCUUUCUUCCCUUGUUAUUCACGCAAAAUCAUCCACUGUCUUAGAGAACAGUAAUAUUAUUGGUAAUAUUUUGAAACUAAUAGAGACAACCUUAGCACCCAAUGCAAAUUGCUUUAUAAGCAAGAUUGCAACAUUUAAAAAAAUAUGUCAAUAGUUUAAAAAUAAAGGUUCAAAGGUGUAUUAAGUGUGUCAUAUAGUUAUAAGGUGGCAUAAAGUGCCUUGAGAAAGUAUAUACACCCACAUUUUGUUACAGUUGCACAUCAAAAUUUAAAAACAGUUAAAUUAUUUUCUCCAGUAGCAUAGAUUUCAUACUUGUAACUUACAAUUUCUUUUUCGAGAACAGGGUUAGGGUUACCCUAACCAAAAUGAAUGACUGAAUCAGUUGUCAUUUACAUGAGUAUUUACACUCAAAAAUAGUCCAUAUAAUUUUUAGCAACAGCUAUAAGUCUUUUUGAGUGUGUGUGAGAUUGUGAUUUAAUUGGAUUUAAAUCUGGACUUUACUGCAGUACAAUGUUUACUGACUCUAGAUGCAACUUAAUGUGAACAUUUCUUAAAAGUGGCUACUGUCUAUACACUUUCCCAAUGAGUAUCUGUAAAGAAUCUGUAAUGAACCAAAGAGAUCAUUGUCUGGAUAUUUCCCACAGUUUUUAGCCAAGUUCUGCAACUCUGUUAGUGUUGUAGCCUUUUAUAUCACCUCUGACAAUCACUCUUUUUGUCCAGUUGCUCAAUUUGAACAGACGACCUGAUCACAGCUGAUCUUCUAGACAUUUCCCACCUAACAACUCAAUUUUGUGUUUUCCAUAUGUUCUAAUACUGUAUAAAUAUUCUAAUUAAUUCAUUAUUAUUUUAAAUAAUAUUAAAAUUAUUUGUUAGGUUACAUGAGAUGGUCUCAACAUGACAGGUUUGUAGAUGAAUGGCAAUUGCACCUGCCAAAUCUUGUUGAUUCUUCUUCCAUGGAAAUUUCUUCUAAACAUCAAUCUAGCAGUAUACAGUAAUACUCAAUAAGUGCAAUAAUAAUAGCAACUAGCUCAGAAAAAUUAUAGUGAGAAAAAUUCUGAGGUAGAAAUUGUAUCAAUAGACUUGACUCUGGCCAUAGGUCUUAAGGGGCGACGUUUAAUAGAAGAAUAUCAUAAUAAGAGUUCUCUUUUAAUUUAAUAAUCUUCUUCAUCUUCUUUAAACAAUGUGUUUAUUAUACUGAGUGCCUCUGUCAAAAACUUGUAUGUGAUUAUCUAUGUUCAAACGUUAACACAUUUUACAUAUUGCACUAAAUACAUUAAUCAUGUUUAAAAUGUGCUAAUUAUAAAUAACAGUGCAGACUGUCUUGUUUUCAUGAGAACAUUUUUACAUGAGUGCUGCAAUAAGUCACAAAACCAGACCCAUUUACUUCCACCAG